CGCCGAUAGACGCCGACGAGGAACCGAUCUUCUUUUUCCACACCAAAAACGGACCAUACCCCGCGAUAUCAAGAUGAAGUUCACCCUUGCUCUUACCACCUUGACCUCGGUCUCAGCAUUCACGGCUUCUUCCUUUGUCGGACAGAACCUCGCCUCCGUUCCAGUCUCCAAGUCUGCCUUGGACAUGAAGUACAAGGUUGCCGUCGUCGGGGGAGGACCGGCCGGUGCCUGCGCUGCCGAGAUCUUUGCCCAAGAAAAGGGAAUCGAUACGGUUCUUUUUGAGCGCAAGCUCGAUAAUGCCAAGCCCUGCGGUGGCGCCAUCCCCCUCUGUAUGGUCGGCGAAUUUGAUCUUCCCGAGAGCGUCGUUGACCGUAAGGUCCGUCGCAUGAAUCUUAUCUCCCCCAAGGGUGUUGAAGUUGAUAUUGGUGAGACCUUGAAACCUGAUGAGUACAUUGGUAUGACUCGUCGUGAAAUCCUUGACGGAUACCUCCGCGACCGCGCCAUCGACUACGGUGCCGAAAUUGUCAAUGGCUUGGUCACCAGCAUCGACAUCCCUGCCGACCACAAGGUAUCGGAGAACCAAUACACCAUCAACUACCAAGCCUACGAGGAAGGAUCCAGUGCCGGAACACCCAAGAACAUGAAAGUUGACCUUAUUGUCGGCGCUGACGGUGCCAACUCUCGUGUAGCAAAGGCUAUGGAUGCCGGACAGUACAAUUUUGCCAUUGCCUUCCAAGAGCGUAUCAAGAUUCCGGAUGACAAAAUGAAGUUUUACGAAGAAAUGGCGGAGAUGUAUGUUGGUGACGACGUGUCUCCCGAUUUCUACGGAUGGGUGUUCCCCAAGUACGACCACGUCGGUGUUGGAACUGGAACCGUUGUCAACCGCCCCGCCAUCAAGCAAUACCAGAAGGCCAUCCGCGACCGAGCGGGCGACAAGAUCGCCGGAGGGAAAAUCAUCAAGGUAGAGGCUCACCCCAUUCCGGAACAUUACCGCCCCCGCCGUGUUCAGGGACGUAUCGCCUUGGUUGGCGAUGCUGCGGGAUACGUUACCAAGUGCUCCGGAGAAGGGAUCUACUUCGCCGCCAAAUCUGGACGCAUGGCUGCUGAAGAAAUUGUCAAACUCAUGAAGAAUGGAUCGGUGCUUCCUACCCAGGCUGAUAUCGAGCGCACGUACUUGAAGAAGUACGACAACCUCUACGGACCUACGUACACCGUCUUGGACCUCCUGCAAAAGGUCUUCUACGUUAACAAUGGUGCCCGUGAAGCUUUCGUCGAAUUGUGCAACAGCAAGUAUGUGCAACAAGUCACUUUCGACUCUUAUCUGUACAAGAGAGUGCAGGGAAACAACCCCUUGGAUGAUCUCAAGCUCCUCGGAGAGACUAUCGGAUGCUUAAUCAAGGGAUACGCUGACGCUAAACCGGAUGCUGAAUUCUCCAACCCCGUGGAGAGCCAAAAGCGCAUUUAAGUUCAACAGAGGAAAAUACCCUUAUCAAGCAUGCCUUUGUCAAGAAACACUGCGCGUGCUGUAAAAUAGAAUUUUACAUAAACCUCUUUUUGCGUCCGUC